AUGACCAAAAUUAAAUCGAAUAAUGAUAAAUUAAAAAAUGGAAAAUCUAAUUUAGAUGGUAAUCCUAAGAUAGAUUGGCUAUGUAAUAAAAAUGGUUUACUUUUAAAAACAUAUAGAUGGCUAGCUAAAAAUGCUGUAGGAAUUAUAGUGUUAAUACAUGGAUUCAGAGUUCAUACUCGAUUAAAUUUUAUGAGAAUAAACUUAAAAAUGCCAAAUAACAACGAAGGCGUAAUAGUAGACACUGAUAAUUACUAUAUUUAUAAAGAUAGUUGGAUUGAAAAAUUUAAUCAAAAUGGCUAUUCAGUAUAUGGAUUAGAUUUACAAGGACAUGGAGAAUCACAAGGAUUGAAUAAUGUAAGAGGCAAUUUUACUUCUUUUGAUGAUCUAGUUGAAGAUGUAAUACAAUAUAUGAAUCAAAUUCGAUAUGAAAUUUCAAAGGAUAAUCAAAUGAAUGACGAAUCUUAUGAUAUAGUGACAACUAAAAAAAAAAAACUUCCUAUGUAUGUUAUUGGAUAUUCGAUGGGAGGAAAUAUUGCUUUAAGAGUGUUACAAGUAUUAAAUAAAGAAAAAGAAGACAUGAUUAAGGCAUGGAAUUCAAAUAACUAUAAAAAUAGUAGCACCAUGUUAAGCAAUUCUACUAAUAUUAAUGAAAUUGACAAUGAUAUGAAUAAUUCUAAUGAUUAUGAUUCCGAUAAUUCAUAUGCUAGUACCUCUGCUACGACAAAUGCUAUUGUUAACGCCAGUGAUAAACAUGAAGGGCUCUAUAAUUAUUUAGAUAAAUUUAAUAUUAAAGGAUGCGUAAUUUUAUCUGGUAUGAUAAGAAUAAAAUCAAAAUUGGAUCCUGGAAACAUAUCACUUAAGUAUUUUUAUUUACCUAUAAUAGACUUCUUGUCUUUCGUCUUACCUCAUAGACGAUUUUCGUCAUUAGAAAGUCAUAAAAGGUUCAAAUAUGUUUCUAUUGUAAAUAAACAUGAUAAAUUUAGAAAUAAUAAUGGAAUAAAAUUUAGAUGUAUGUCUGAGAUUUUAAAAGCAACAAUUACAUUGGAUUAUAAUAUUAAUUAUAUGCCCAAAGAUAUCCCUUUAUUAUUUGUACAUUCAAAAGAUGAUAAGGUUUGUUCUUAUAAAUGGACAGUUUUGUUUUAUAAUAAAGUAAAUGCCAAUAAAAAGGAGUUACAUACUGUUGAUGGUAUGGGCCAUGCUAUAACGAUGAGGCCUGGAAAUCAAGGCAUUUUAAAAAAAAUUAUUGAUUGGAUUUCUAAUUUAAGAAGAAAUGAUAAAUAUAAAGGUGAAAAAGAUGAACUAUAA